GAAAUUCUCCGCAGGGAAUCGGACAUCGGUCCCAUUGACAUACCUAAAGAAAACCGCUCUCUUUUAUUUCUCUGUUUCCACCGGAUCUCCCGACUGAAACCCUAGUCGAAGCAACCAGCCGGCGGCGAUGGGGCAAGGUACUCCUGGCGGCAUGGGAAAACAAGGGGGUCUCCCCGGCGACAGGAAGCCGGGCGACGGCGGGAAGAAAGACCGCAAGUUCGAGCCGCCCGUUGCUCCGUCCCGUGUCGGUCGGAAGCAGAGAAAGCAAAAAGGCCCUGAGGCGGCUGCGCGGCUCCCCCCCGUGGCGCCGCUCUCCAAGUGCCGCCUCCGCCUGCUCAAGCUCGAGCGCGUCAAGGACUACCUCCUCAUGGAGGAGGAGUUCGUGGCCAGCCAGGAGCGCCUGCGCCCCAGCGAGGACAAGACGGAGGAGGACCGAUCCAAGGUCGACGACCUCCGCGGCACCCCCAUGAGCGUCGGCUCGCUCGAGGAGAUAAUCGACGAGACCCACGCCAUCGUCUCGUCGUCAGUCGGGCCGGAGUACUACGUUGGGAUGCUGUCCUUCGUCGACAAGGACCAGCUCGAGCCUGGAUGCGCCAUACUGAUGCAUAACAAGGUUCUGUCUGUGGUUGGUAUUUUGCAAGAUGAAGUUGAUCCUAUGGUUUCUGUCAUGAAAGUUGAAAAGGCACCUUUGGAGUCUUAUGCUGACAUUGGUGGUUUAGAUGCUCAAAUUCAAGAAAUUAAAGAAGCAGUUGAGCUUCCCUUAACACAUCCUGAGCUAUACGAGGACAUUGGAAUCAGGCCUCCCAAGGGAGUCAUAUUAUAUGGAGAACCUGGAACAGGGAAAACUCUACUUGCAAAGGCUGUUGCCAAUUCUACAUCAGCAACAUUCUUGCGUGUUGUUGGGAGUGAGUUGAUCCAAAAGUACCUUGGUGAUGGUCCCAAGCUUGUAAGAGAAUUGUUCAGGGUGGCUGAUGAUCUUUCUCCUUCAAUUGUCUUUAUUGAUGAGAUUGAUGCAGUUGGAACAAAGAGGUAUGAUGCUCAUUCAGGAGGAGAGCGUGAGAUUCAGAGAACCAUGUUGGAGUUGUUAAAUCAGCUGGAUGGUUUUGAUUCAAGAGCAGAUGUUAAAGUUAUUCUAGCAACGAAUCGCAUUGAAAGUCUUGACCCAGCCUUGCUUCGACCUGGUCGAAUUGACAGGAAGAUUGAAUUUCCUUUACCAGAUAUUAAGACCAGGCGGCGCAUCUUCCAGAUACACACAUCAAAGAUGACGUUGGCUGAGGACGUAAACCUAGAAGAAUUAAUAAUGUCUAAAGAUGAGCUUUCUGGUGCCGAUAUUAAGGCCAUUUGUACUGAAGCUGGCUUGCUUGCUUUGAGAGAGCGUCGGAUGAAGGUCACACACACUGAUUUCAAAAAGGCGAAAGAAAAGGUCAUGUUCAAGAAGAAGGAAGGAGUGCCGGAGGGCCUCUACAUGUGAGAGACUCGGCUGUAGCACUAGAAUUGCACGUGCAAUGUGGUUUAGUAUCAUAUGGUGGAGAAGUGGUGUUUGUCUCUGGUUAUAUGGUCGGAGAACGUUUGUUUACAUCCUUUUUAUUAGAUAACGCUCGACUCAGAGAACAAUAAUCUUAUUAUAACUACCUGGAAAUCAGAAAUUGCAGCAAUGAAUCAAGCUGAUAGUUGAAUGCUGGU